AAGAAUUUAGAGGGAAACUUGACUGUGGCUGACGGCGUUUGGGUGCUCCGCUCUCCAGAAAAUUUCUCCAGGCUGCGAGGGGAAAAACGGAAGCGCCUAGCACUGUGGCUACGGGAGGGAUCUGGUCCUGCCCGGGGACUUCCGGAGAGCCGCGGCUGGGAGAGCCGCCAGACUUGGCAGGGGUAUCCCGAGGAGUCUCUGCGAAGCCCCCCUGUGGGAGGCCGAGUCCAGAUCCACGGAUUAGCGCGUACCCCGGAACUCGCUCGGUCGUCCGCUGGGAGAGCUGGGGGACCUCUUUUCCAUGCAAGUAGUAGUGAGGCUAAGGAGACAUAGAUAAAGCAGGCUAUUUAAGGAAGCCCGGCCGGCCCGCGGAAGGCCCCUUCCCUCCAGUCCUAUUCCCUUAGAAACAGGAUUCCCACCGUAUUUAGCGUUGCCAGUACAACGCCUCAGCUUUCGAGUCUGAAGACUGACCUGUGACCUCUGUAUUAUCAACAGACAACUCAUCUACAUUUUGGUUCUUGUCUGUGGAGCUUCAGUUUCGUCUUGUUUUUGAAAUAGCGCCUCCCUGUGUAGCCUACAUUGGCCUCAAGCCUGUAAUGCUUCUGGUCAGAGCCCUGUUCCGACCUAAUUGUGACCAUUAAUGACUUUCCUAAUUAAAUAAUCCUUUAAUGACUCAGGCAGGCUUUCUUGUGACGAAUGACACUACACAGUACGAACCAAUGAGUUGUAGCCAUACUACCUGAGUUCCUUUUUUUUAAUUUAAGAAUUUACAACAGUGUUGGGUUUAUAGAAAAUGAAUGUGGUGCUGCAGGACUGGUUAUGUAAGGGGCUGGGUAAUUUUUUCCUGUUGUCUCACAGGUCAGGUUUAUGUUCAACGAAUUCUGUCCUGUAAAAUAUCGCUGCAAACAAGUGAUCAUAGAGUUAAUUGGUUUACUGUCACCUCUGUCGUGGUCACCUCCUUGAAAAGUGGUACAAGUGCAGUACCUUAAAAAUUAUUUUUGUUCCAUGAACACUUAGUAAACUUAAUUGAACGUCUAUGAUAGGCCUUAAAAAGAUAGGAAUUAAAGGAAUAAUUGCAGAAUAUUGGAUUUUGCACAGUUGUAUAUAACUACAUUAAUACGUUUCCCCCCCCCCCCCCCAUACAGAAGUUUGAACCUGGGGCCUUUGUGCUUUCCCAGACUUUACUGCUUUAGUUAUUUUUUAGAUAGUCCUGCAUUUUUGAUGCAAGACCAAAGAGGCUGGUGCAAGCCAGGAUCUUGACUUAGGUCCUCCUAUAUAGGCCUCUCACAUAGCUGGAGUUACAGGAAUGAACCAUCGCCCCUGACUUGUUUGUUGAGAUAGGGUCUUGUUAACUUAUCCUGAUGGUCUCCAUCUUUACCUCCUGGGUACCUAGUUUACAGAAGACAUGAAUGGAGGCUAUAGAGGCAGAGGACGAUUUCAAAGCUGGAAAAAAGGAAGAGGUGGUGGGAAUGUCUCAGGAAAAUGGAGAGAAAGAGAACACAGAGUUGACCUGAAUAAAACUGUGGGAAAACAUAUUGCUGGACAAACUCCACAGCCUUUACGACAGUCAACACUGGAUCAAUUCAUACCAUAUAAAGGCUGGAAGCUUUAUUUCUCUGAAGUUUACAGUGAUAGCUCUCCUUAUAUUGAGAAGAUUCAAGCUUUUGAAAAAUUUUUUAUGAGCCGUAUUGAUUUAUAUGAUAAGGAUGAAAUAGAAAGAAAGGGAAGUAUUUUGGUGGAUUUUAAAGAACUGACAAAAGAAAGUGAAAUAUUUAACUUGAUAUCAAAUAUAGCAAGUGAACUAAGGGAUGCACCUGAGAAAACCUUGGCUUGUAUGGGUCUGGCAAUACAUCAGAUAUUGACUAAGGAUCUGGAAAGACAUGCAGCAGAACUACAAGCCCAAGAAGGAUUGCCCAGUGAUGGAGAAACAAUGGUAAAUGUGCCCCACAUUUAUGCAAGGGUGUACAACUAUGAGCCUCUGACACACCUCAAAAAUAUCCGUGCAAAUUACUAUGGAAAAUACAUUGCUCUGAGAGGAACAGUGGUUCGAGUCAGUAAUAUAAAGCCUCUUUGCACAAAGAUGGCUUUUCUUUGUUCUGCAUGUGGAGAGGUUCAGAGCAUUUCUCUUCCAGAUGGAAAAUAUAAUCUUCCCACAAAGUGUCCUGUGCCUGAAUGUCAUGGGAAGUCAUUUGUUCCUCUACACAGCUCUCCUCUCACAGUUACAAUGGACUGGCAGUCAAUCAAAAUCCAGGAGCUUAUGUCCGAUGCUCAGCGAGAAGCAGGUCGGAUUCCACGAACAAUAGAAUGUGAACUUGUUCAUGACCUUGUGGAUAGUUGUGUCCCGGGAGACACUGUGACUAUUACUGGAAUUGUCAAAGUCUCAAAUGCUGAAGAAGGUUCUCGAAAUAAGAAUGACAAGUGCAUGUUCCUUUUGUACGUCGAAGCAAAUUCUGUCAGUAAUAGCAAAGGGCAGAAAACCAAGACUUCUGAGGAUGGUUGUAAUCAUGGAACAUUGAUGGAAUUCUCACUUAAAGACCUUUAUGCCAUCCAAGAGAUUCAAGCUGAAGAAAAUCUGUUUAAACUCAUUGUCAACUCUCUUUGCCCUGUCAUUUUUGGUCAUGAACUUGUUAAAGCAGGUUUGGCAUUAGCACUUUUUGGAGGUAGCCAGAAAUAUGCAGACGACAAAAACAGAAUUCCAAUUCGAGGAGACCCACACAUUCUGGUUGUUGGAGAUCCAGGCUUGGGAAAGAGUCAGAUGCUACAGGCAGCAUGCAAUGUUGCUCCACGUGGUGUGUAUGUCUGUGGCAAUACCACAACUGCCUCUGGUUUGACUGUAACUCUUUCAAAAGAUAGUUCCUCUGGUGACUUUGCUUUGGAAGCUGGUGCUUUGGUGCUCGGUGAUCAAGGCAUUUGUGGAAUAGAUGAAUUUGAUAAGAUGGGGAACCAGCAUCAAGCCUUGUUAGAAGCCAUGGAACAGCAAAGUAUUAGUCUUGCUAAGGCAGGUGUGGUUUGCAGCCUCCCUGCAAGAACUUCCAUCAUUGCAGCUGCAAAUCCAGUUGGGGGACACUACAAUAAAGCCAAAACAGUUUCUGAGAAUUUAAAAAUGGGAAGUGCCUUAUUAUCCAGAUUCGAUUUGGUCUUUAUUCUGUUAGAUACCCCAAAUGAGCAACAUGAUCAUUUACUCUCUGAACAUGUGAUUGCAAUAAGAGCUGGCAAGCAGAGAACUGUGAGCAGUGCCACCGUAGGUCGUAAGAAUACUCAGGACUCAAAUACUUCUGUGCUGGAAGUGGUUUCUGAAAAACCACUGUCAGAAAGACUAAAGGUAGUUCCUGGAGAAAUAAUAGAUCCAAUUCCCCACCAGCUAUUGAGAAAGUACAUUGGCUACGCUCGACAAUAUGUCUACCCUAGGCUAUCCACAGAAGCUGCUCAAGUUCUUCAAGAUUUCUACCUGGAACUCCGGAAACAGAGCCAGCGAUUAAGUAGUUCACCAAUCACCACCAGGCAGCUAGAAUCUUUGAUUCGCCUCACAGAGGCCCGAGCAAGGUUGGAAUUGAGAGAAGAAGCAACCAAAGAAGAUGCUGAGGAUAUAGUUGAAAUUAUGAAAUAUAGCAUGCUAGGAACUUACUCCGAUGAAUUUGGAAACCUAGAUUUUGAGCGGUCCCAGCAUGGCUCAGGAAUGAGUAACAGGUCAACAGCAAAAAGAUUUAUUUCUGCUCUCAAUAACAUUGCUGAAAGAACUUACAAUAAUUUAUUUCAAUUCCAACAACUUCGGCAGAUUGCCAGAGAAUUAAACAUUCAGGUUGCUGAUUUUGAAAACUUUAUUGGAUCAUUAAAUGACCAGGGUUACCUCUUGAAAAAGGGUGCAAAGGUUUACCAGCUUCAAACUAUGUAAAAAGACUUUCCAAGUCAGACCCCAUAGAGUUUAUUAAUAAUGAAGACUAUGCAAAAAAAACCAGAGUUCUUCAGAAAAUGAUGUCCCAAAUGUAUUGUAAUAGGAAAGAAAUGUUAAGAUAUGGCCCACCAAGUUAAAGAGGGAUAAAGUCAUGUGUUAAUGUUAUAUAUCUUCUCCAAAAGGCUACAAAUAGCUUUCAUUAUUUUAUCUUAUUUAUAGUUAUUUUUUUUUACCUGUUUUUGAAAAUAGUUUGUAGCCUUUGCACAUGAAAUGUCUUAUCAGGGUAAGCAUUCUGGUAAUACAUAAACAAAUGAGUAUAUAUUCCAAUAAAACUUUAUUUUUCAACACUAAA